CACAUGGCAUUCAUUGAGCACAGGCAUCCUCUCAUUCUGAAUGAGAAAUACUAUGGUGCCGAAGGCGAUGUUUGCUACAUCUGCAAGGAUGCACUACACUCUCGGCUCAUGCACUCCAUUUAUCGUUGCUGCAAUAGCAACAUUAGCGACAGCAGUAGCUCAGGCGAUGAUAUCAAGCCUUUUUUCAGUAGCCAGAUGGUCAAGAAGAGCCUAGGAAAUACAGAGUUCUGUGUCCGGAUUACUGAAAAUGAAAUAGAUUGCUCCAAGUUGUUUAUUCACAGAAGCUGUGCAGAGUUGGCUUUAACAAUUUCAAACUACCAUAUGCACCCACACCAUACUAUUUUCCUCAAGUCUGAGAUGAGGGCGAGUUGCAACAUUUGUAGUCAGGGGCUAACAGGCCUACUCGGCUAUACUUGUCGAGAAUGUUGGUAUUACUUUUGUGUAAAAUGUGUUACAUCUCCGCGUGUUCAUCAUCCAGGGCACAAUCAGCAUGAACUAACGUUAGUCCAGCAUCCAGCAUCGUUUCGUUGCUAUGCUUGCCAAGAUGAUCUUUACCCGCCUUCCUCUUCAUGUCAAUGCACCAUAUGUCCGUUUUGGAUUCACUUGAAGUGUGCUCAGUUACCUUCUCUUCUUAAAUAUAAAUUUCAUAGACAUCCCCUGCUCUUGUCCUAUUCUCUUCCGCAACAGUAUCUAAGGUUUCGUCACUACUGCUCAAUCUGCCAUGCCACCUUGAGCCCAACCCAGUGGCUCUAUCACUGUGCCAAUUGCAGAUUUCUGGCACAUAUCAGUUGCGCUACGUCAACAACAAAGACUUCUCAGAGAUUGAGCUCAUCUGAUGAUGAAUACAAAAAUCUGGUGCACUUGCCUAUGCCAGAUGAAACAUCAGUAAACUUAUUGCGGCAGUUAUUCAUAGAAAAGAUGAUCAGUAAUCAUAAUGCAUCAAAUGACACGGAUUCUUCAUUUGCUUCUUCUAGUAGCAUAAAAGGCGCAGCCCGUGAAAAUGUGCUGAUCAAUCAUUGGUCUCAUGAACACCACACACUUGUCAUGAUAAACAAACAUGAUGCAGCUGACGAUCACCUUAUUGUCAGAGAUAAUAAUGGUGAUAAUAGUAUAGUAUGUGACGGAUGCACCAAACCAAUCUAUGCAACUGAAGUAUCUUAUGCAUGUCAUCUGUGUAAAUAUUUUCUCCACAGGUAUUGCGCGAAGAUGCCAAAGCAACUGCAAUCUACGCGUUACCAAGACGGCCUAAUGUUGCCUGACAUCUCAUCUUACUUUUUCUUCAUUUGCAACGGAUGCAAAUUUCCUAGCAGUGGCAUGCGAAUGAUGACUGAAAAAGGCGAUUUCCAGCUAGACAUCGGAUGUGCAUCGCUCCCUCGAAGCAUCAAACAUGAAGCUCAUCACCACCCCCUUACACAACAUGAAAGUGGUCUUAAUAAAGAGUGCACAGCGUGCUUAAGAGAUAUAGACGACUAUGAAAUCGUAUUUGGCUGUGACAAAUGCCGAUUCUAUCUCCACGGAAGAUGUGCCCUUAAGCCAUACAAAAUUAUCCACCGUUGGGACCGUGAUCACCCCCUUUCCUUGAAUCUAAAUCUCGACAACAUUGAAGAUCAUCCUCAUGACUUCAAUUGUGAAUAUUGCUCCGAAGACAUCGACCCGAGCGCCUGGUUCUAUCACUGCCGUUAUUGUGACAUAUCAUUUCAUAUCCACUGCAUUGAUUUAUUUUACAGGUAUUCACAUAUAAAGUUCGGGAUAUCGGUUGACAUUGAUCACCAGCUGCAUGAGCAUAGUCUCACAGUUGUUCUCAAUGAAAGGAAGCGUUGCUGCGGAAUAUGCCAUCGGCAGCUCUGUAAUCCACUCUCGUAUGCUGCACCAGUCCUCGAAUGUGAGACCUGCAAUUUCAUUAUUUGCAUGUCUUGCGUUCACCCUCAAUACAUACAGAGCGGAUCUAGCAUGGUAUUUUUAGAGGGCACCGAGCAAAUUUUUGAAAAAUAGAUAUUAUGUAUUUUCAAACUCUUUUCCGAACAUUUUUAUAAUUUCAUAAAAUUUAGAAUUAUGUAAAAUUGUCGAAAUAUUUUAAAAGAGAACACGUUUCCGGUGUCACUUUAUGGAUCUGCCCUGUUGGAAUGAAAAUUCAUA